AUGAGGGAAAUCGUGCAUAUUCAGGCUGGACAGUGCGGAAACCAGAUCGGAGCUAAGUUCUGGGAAAUCAUCUCCGACGAACAUGGCAUCGACCCCACUGGUGCUUACCACGGCGACUCUGACCUGCAGCUGGAGCGCAUCAACGUAUAUUACAAUGAGGCCUCCGGCGGAAAAUACGUCCCCAGGGCUAUCCUAGUCGAUCUCGAGCCCGGGACCAUGGACUCAGUCCGGUCAGGACCAUUCGGACAGAUCUUCCGUCCUGAUAACUUCGUCUUCGGACAGUCUGGCGCUGGCAACAACUGGGCUAAGGGACACUACACAGAGGGUGCUGAACUCGUCGACUCAGUUUUAGAUGUAGUACGAAAAGAAGCAGAGUCCUGUGAUUGCCUCCAAGGUUUCCAACUCACACAUUCACUCGGUGGUGGCACCGGGUCCGGUAUGGGCACACUACUUAUUUCUAAAAUCAGAGAAGAAUAUCCGGAUAGAAUAAUGAACACAUAUUCAGUUGUACCAUCUCCCAAAGUGUCAGAUACAGUAGUAGAACCUUACAAUGCCACACUUUCAGUCCAUCAACUCGUAGAAAACACAGACGAAACCUACUGUAUCGACAACGAGGCUCUCUAUGACAUCUGCUUCCGCACGCUCAAACUAUCCACACCCACGUACGGCGACCUCAACCAUCUGGUGUCGCUCACCAUGUCCGGCGUUACCACUUGCCUCAGGUUCCCUGGUCAGCUAAAUGCGGAUCUCCGCAAGCUGGCGGUGAACAUGGUACCGUUCCCACGUCUUCAUUUCUUCAUGCCCGGAUUCGCGCCUCUCACAUCUCGCGGCAGUCAACAGUACAGAGCGCUCACCGUUCCAGAGCUCACACAACAGAUGUUUGACGCCAAGAACAUGAUGGCUGCCUGCGACCCGCGCCACGGCCGCUACCUCACAGUCGCCGCCAUCUUCCGAGGCCGCAUGUCCAUGAAGGAGGUUGACGAACAAAUGCUUAACAUCCAGAACAAGAACUCGUCCUACUUCGUGGAAUGGAUCCCGAACAACGUUAAGACCGCCGUGUGUGACAUCCCGCCGCGAGGCCUCAAAAUGGCCGCCACCUUCAUCGGCAACUCAACCGCCAUCCAGGAGCUGUUCAAGCGCAUCUCUGAACAGUUCACGGCUAUGUUCAGGCGGAAGGCUUUCUUGCAUUGGUACACCGGUGAAGGUAUGGACGAGAUGGAGUUCACAGAGGCCGAGAGCAACAUGAACGAUCUCGUGUCUGAGUACCAGCAGUACCAGGAGGCUACAGCCGACGAGGACGCUGAGUUCGACGAGGAACAGGAGCAGGAGAUCGAGGACAAUUAA